ACCAUCCAUUAGAUAAAAUCUGAAAAAUAACGAUUUGAAUAGCUGACAGCAUUGUCAGUCUGGUAUGAUUCGUCUAAAAAUUCCAUUAGAAUGACUUAGAAUCUGAACCUCAAGAAAAUCAGAUCUCUCGAAAAUCAAGUCUCAAAUUCUAUUAAAAAACUUUGGGUAAACAACUUCAUCGUAUACAAAAAGUCUCAAACGCGAGAUUUUCUUUUGAUUAGUGAGACCUAUUGUCAAUUAAAUGCAGUUUCACCAAAAAAAUGUCUUGAAGAGUUCAAAGAAAUUGUAUUUUACUCAAAAACGUUUGUUCUAUAUACAAUAAAGUUGUUUACCAAAAGUUUCCUAAUCGAAUUUGGGACUUGAUUUUCGAAAGAUCUGGUUUUCUUGAGUCAUUUUGAUGGAAUUUUUAUGCGAACCACGCCAGAUUGACAAACGCUGUCAACUAUUCAGAUUUGAUCUAGUUAUUGACAUCGAGGAAAAAAAAUCGAAAAUGAAGAUGUAUCAUCAAUUCUUUGACUCCUUAUAUAUCAAUGACAAAUUUUUAAAUUCAAAAAUUGAUUGAGAACACUUCCGUAUACUGUUUUAUUUUCGAAUGAUGCCUAUAAAAGUCAUUAACUAACUUCUUUUUAAGAAUUGAGAAGGAUUGUAGAUCUUAGUUAACUCACAUCUUCAUGUAAAUAUUUGUAAAUCAAUUAUGAUUUAAAAUAUACUGUAACAUAAAAGCACUUAAAAUUUCUUGCUAUUUUUCAAAUUCGUAUUUUUUAAACUGUUUUAUAUUGCUUCUUCAACUUAUUCUGUACAACAUGGUGUAGUCUAUGACAACUACCAUACGAUUAAUUUUAACAAGAAAUAAAACAUUAGUUAAUUAUUUGAGAAAACGAAGAUACUAUCGAACUUUUAGACAAUGAAGUUCAUUGACAUCGUUUUUGUUACAAAAAAAGUGAACCGUAUUCACAUUGGAUAAUGUUGAAAAUUGUCGGAUAGUAUAACAUAAAUAUUUAUAUGUUUAAAUAUUAGAGUAAAAAAUUUUAUCUCUGUCUUUAGGGUCGUGAGAAUAUUCAUCAAAUGGUUCCAUAUUUCUUGAAUAGACGAUAUUUUUGUUUAUUCAAAACGUAUUACAGAAACCGCUGUUCUGUUGUCAAGAUGUUUAUUUAGAAAAGAAAAAAAAAAAAUUCAACUCUAUAUAAUUGUAUAUGAAUUUUGAUAAAAAAUAAAAGGUAAUAAAUCAUGCUUUUUAACUUGAAAAAAAAUUUUUUUUUUUUUUCUUCUGCUCUGUUCUGAUGACGACAUCUAGUCAAGAAAAAUCUUAGCAAGAGAGAACAGAUCGAAAAAACAAGAAUUUUUUUUCUACACAUCUAUACGUAUACACACACACACACACACACAUUUUUUAUAGCAUGAUCACAAGUUACCAUUGUAGUUUUGCAUUGUAUUCGAUUUCUUUUCCUACAUCAUAAGAAAGAAGGAAAAAAAGAAAUUUUGAAGCUUUUCUUUUUUUUUAUUUUCUUUUUUUUGUUUUUUAGAUACUCGUAAUUAUAUAUAACUCAACACUUAUUUUGUGUUCAUUCAGUUCUUUAAUGGUAGUGGUAUUAUAACAGUGAUGUCACAACAUAUUAAAACAGGACAUUUGAGAUACUUUCAUAAAGGUUUAAUAAGCAAGAAAUGGAAAGAUUAUUAUUUUGUCUUAUUUGAUAAUAGUACAUUACAAUGGUUUGAAAGAGAAUCGGAUCGAAAACCAGAAGGAAGUGUUCGUAUUAAAGAUGUUGCUCAGUUUUUAACUGUUGGACCGUAUACAAGAUGUUUACAAAAUCGUCCACAAUUUCCCAAACCGACAGACGAAGGCAAUGUUAUCGCUAUGCCUAAAUCACCUAAUAGUCAAGAUCAAGAUAUCAUUUGGAUAUUAUGUAAUGAUGUCACACAUCUAAAGUAGGUACUUACAGUAGUUAUCAUCCGUUUUUCAUCAUCUUUUAUCUAAAUGAUGAUGACAGCUCGGCCUGUCCACAUAACGCGUGAUUCCGUCACGAUUUUUGUUGUUUUGCGAGUCUCUUGGCGUUCGAACAAAAGGAAACUAAGGAAUUGUUUACAUCUAGUCUUGUAGAAAAACAAAAUUUUACAACAAAAUUUUUACGAGGCCCAAUCAAAAGUCCGCCAAAAUGGGGCUCGUAAAGCUUUUGUUAUAUUUGAGAACCACGACACUCUACGGAAACAGAAAAUAUCACAUUUUGUUCAGCUCACUUUUCUCUACAAGACUAGAUGUAAACGGUCCUUAAGUUUCCUUUUGUUCGAGUGCCACGAGACUCGUAAAACAACAAAAAUCGUGACGGAAUCACAAAAAGGCGACCGUUACGUGGACAGGCCGAGCUAUUGAUUUGAAAUUUUGUGUCGCUGCUCUAACAGCUGAUUACUGAAACAAGUUUCAACUAGUUUAGCUUCAUUAUUCUUGAGAUAUUCGAUGUUCCACUAAAGUGCAAAUAACUCCUACAUCAAGAAAGACAAACGGUUUAUUCGUGCAUCAAAAUCCAGCAUCGACUGUCAGCUGUUGUCAUGCAAAUGUCGAAUUACACUUGCAACUGAAAGAUUAGAGUUAAGAUGGCUCUAAGUAUAAUAUAUUCAUGUUGAGUGAAUAAAAUAGAAUGUAUUUUGUUGGUCUAAAGUAGAGUCCUGCGGGUUUUAGAUUUUCGAACCCGAUCCGAUCUCGUAAGUUCGAAACCCGUCCCGAACCUCGUCUCGUAUCUCCCCCUAUAUCAAACUAGAAGAAUCGGGAUCGGAGACAAACCCGAUUCCGUUCAGACGCACUGAAACCCGUCCCGAAACUGAACCCAAAAAAACGCUUGUUGAACCCGGAUUUGGGUUCGGAAUCGGGAUCGGGUUAAAUCCGCAGGAUUCUGGUCUAAAGUAGCUUUGAUCAGUUUUGAGUGAAUUAUGCAUGUUUUAAGUUUCAGUAAAGAUAACCAAAAAUAGUUUAUUUCACAAAAUAUAGGUUUUCAAUAGAUGACUGAAUGUUGAUUUAAAAAUAAACAUUGCCAUGAGAAGCAGUGAGAUCGAUAAUCUAUGCUUGGAACUAUUUUUGAGAUUACAAAACCAACCGGAUAGAAUUAGGUAGAUCCGAGCAAAAAUUUUAAUCCACACUAGUCUUCUGUAUUUUUAAUUUUACAGUAUUUUACAGUAUUUUUUGUAUUGUGUGUGUGUGUGUGUGUGUGUGUGUGUGUGUGUGUGUGUGU